AUGGCCGUGCUUCUACUAUUGUCAUCGCUACUCAUUUCCUAUGGAGUUGACAGCAUCAAAUGCUCCACGGUCCCUGGUAACAGCACAGACAUGCUCUCAUUGCUAGAUUUCAAACCGGCCAUCACCAAUGAUCCGAGGCAAGCAUUGAGCUCUUGGAACGCCAGCAUCCCCCAUUGCCAAUGGGAGGGCGUCAACUGCAGCCUGACGCACAAAGGGCGUGUCACGGUGCUCAAUCUCACCCGCCAAAAUCUGGAAGGCCAGAUUGCUCCUUCUCUUGAAAAUUUAACCUUCCUUAGAAGUCUCGACCUCCGUUCAAAUGGCUUCUUUGGCCAGUUACCCACUCUUAACCGCCUACAUAAGCUGCAGGACCUUAUUCUGGGCAAUAACAUGUUGCGGGGGUUCAACCCUGACGCAAUUACAAACUGCUCCAGCCUCCACUAUCUAGACCUUUCUGCAAACUCCCUGAAGGGUUCGCUCCCCACAAAUAUUGGUAUCCUCUCCAGCCUUCUGUAUUUGAACCUUGAAGAAAAUAAUUUCUCUGGCAUCAUCCCAUCAAGUCUGCACAAUAUAACAAAUAUAAGGGAAAUUGAUCUAUCAGAUGUCGACCUCUUGGAUCUAGCCGCUGACCUCGAGUUCCGAUCUUCCCCGUUCGAGAUCUAUGCAAAUUGGCGUAUGCCGCCCUGGAUUUCUAGAUCGGAAAGGCUCCGGUCGUAG